AAUGUAAAAGGGAAGUUGCCAUUUUGGUUAAUUAAUUUUUAUUUAUUUAUAUAUAUUUUAAUAACAUCGUAAAUAGAUUGUAGAUCCAAAUUCCGGCUGUAAAAUGGAUGUGGAGGCAUCAGUGUAUGUGGUGCGCUGUGCGCAUAUAGGCGCACGACUUCCGGAUUCGGCUCAGUGAUAUCGAAGUAGUUGCUUUCCAUUUACAUCAAAACUCAGGUAAUUAUCACUUAUGAUAUCAUAACUCAGUUGAAUGCACUUUCCUUUUAAUGCUGAGAAACUGAGUUUUCUGCACACGAUCGAGACCGUGUACUGUAGUGAGUCUAUGGAUUCCAUAGACAUACCAAACAAUCAUAUCACAGUUAUUGCAGCAACCAAAGGAAGAAUAGGCAGAAGAAUUGUAAACAAGUAUCAAGAAUGAAUACCUUGAAAUUUUGUAGAUAUUUCGAUAGAUCGUUGAUCAAUUCUCAAAACUCAUUCUUCACAUCUAAUAGAUUAUUUGAAGGUAGCAAGAUUUAUAGAAUAGACAGAGCAAUGUCGACAGUAGAUCCUAAAGAUAUUAAACAUCAUUCUAAUUUUAAAAAUAGUUGGUGGGAUGAAAACGGUCCACUAAAGCUUCUCCAUUCAUUCAAUCCACUCAGAGUGCAGUUUGUAAGAGAUGGUUUGGCGAAUGCUGGAAUCAAAUUAUGUAAUCCAGCUCUUCCGUUGGAAGGAGUCAAAAUUGCAGAUAUUGGCUGUGGUGGAGGUAUAUUGACUGAAAAUUUAGCCAGAAUAGGAGCACAUGUAACUGGACUAGAUGCAUCGGCAGAAUUGAUAAAUCUUGCUAAAGAGCAUAUAAAAUUGGAUCCCACUAUAUUGGAAAGAGUAAAUUACAUUCAUACAAGUAUAGAAGAGUUUUCCCCCAAAAAUGAGAGAUUGUAUGAUGUUGUUGUAGCUUCUGAGAUUAUAGAACAUGUAGAAAAUCCGGAAAUAUUUUUAAAGGAAUGUGUGAGAAUUCUGAAACCUGGUGGAUCAAUUUUUGUAACGACGAUAAAUAAAACUGUAACAUCAUGGCUCGGUGCUAUUGUAAUAGCAGAAUAUAUCUUCAAUUGGAUACCACGUAAUACUCACGAAUGGAAUAAAUUUAUUGUUCCACAUGAAGUACAAUAUAUGUUGGAUAAAUGUGGCUGCAAAACUAAAUUAAUUCAUGGAAUAAAAGUUAAUCCACUAACAAAUCAAUGGUCUUGGUCAUCAUUUACAGCUAUUAAUUAUGGACUUCAUGCAGUAAAACAAAGAGAAACUAUAUGAUACAAUUUUUCUCUAUAUAAUAUCUUCUCUAUAUAAUCUAUAUAAAUCCUUAGUAAUUUUUUUAAUCAAAUGCAAGAGUGAUAUAUUUUUAUAUAUUGUUUAUAUAUUAUAUUGUAACAUAUAUACAAUCUUAAUUGAUGUAUCAUAUGUUUCAUUAUUGUUAUAUUGUUGUAUAUUAUUAAAAUAGAAAUGUAAGAAAAACUUUGGAGAAAAUAAUAUUUAAAUAAAAUGAUGAAGGAUUAAUAUAUAAAAUCGAUAUCUAAAAUAUAUGAAAGUCAUAUACUUAAGUCAUAUAAUUUUUAUUUUAACAGAUUUAUUUGUAUAUUCAGACAAUAUAUACUUUAUA